AUGUCACCUCUUUGGUCUUUGACUAAGAAGAUGCGGUUGACCAUAAAUAUGAGAGCGCUGAAAGAUCCAUGGUUUUCUAAAUUUCUUUUAAGAGUCGGCGAUGGAACUGAAGAACCAAUCGAAGGAAACUAUAUCCGCAUACCCGAUGACAUGACAAUUCAGUGCAACAACAAAGAAAACGCUAUAAAAGAAUUGAUCCAUGCCAUCUUUCCAUCAAUUGAAGAUAAUGUAUAUUCUUCAGAUUAUAUAAUCUCUAGAGCAAUAUUGUCCACUAAAAAUGAUAGUGUUGACGAGAUUAAUAAUCAAAUGAUUGAAAUUUUUCAAGGGGAGGAAAAAGUUUAUUACAGUUUUGAUGAAGCUGAAGACGAUCAGCGCAACUUCUAUCCGGUCGAGUUCUUAAAUUCGCUAAAUGUUAGUGGAUUGCCGCCUCAUAAGCUUCAUUUAAAAAUUGGAUGCCCAAUAAUAUUGUUACGUAAUAUCGAUCCAUCACAUGGCCUGUGUAAUGGCACGCGGUUGAUAUGUAAGGGUUUCAUGCGAAAUGUUAUUGAUGCGGAAAUUGCAGUUGGUCAACAUGCCGGAAAAAGAGUUUUUUUGCCAAGAAUCCCUCUAACCCUUUCUGAAGAUGACAUGUUCCCAUUCAAGCUGAAAAGAAAACAAUUUCCAAUUCGACUUAGCUUUUCCAUGACGAUUAAUAAAGCUCAAGGUCAAACAAUUCCGAACGUUGGUAUUUAUCUACCGGAUUCUGUAUUUUCACAUGGACAACUUUAUGUCGCGUUAUCAAGAGGGAUUUCAAGACAAAGUACGAAGGUGUUGGUACAUCUCGCCAAAGAAUUCAAACAACGCGGAGUUUACACAUCAAAUGUUGUCUACCAGGAAGUGUUGCGUGAUUAA